UUUGUGUUUUGGUUCCAACGGGAAGUUACGAGGAAAAAAAAAAAAGGAGGAGACGUGACGGCGCUACUGACCGACGAGCACAUUUUUUUUGUUAUUCCUCGCUUCUUUGCGCCAGAAGACAUAAUAUUACCGCAGCGGUGACAUUCGUCUCGUUUCCAAACCCCGCCGUCUGCGUCUCAGGACAAAGUGCUGACAGUGACUGGUUGUAACGCCCGAGAGGGAUCGUACGAGGUCAUGGCAAACAGGGGAGGAGCGUCAAGGCCCAACGGAGCCAACGGCGGCAACAAGAUCUGCCAGUUCAAGCUGGUGCUGCUGGGGGAGUCGGCCGUGGGCAAGUCCAGUUUGGUGCUCCGCUUCGUUAAGGGCCAAUUCCACGAAUUCCAGGAGAGCACAAUAGGAGCCGCCUUCCUCACCCAGACGGUGUGUCUGGACGACACCACAGUCAAGUUUGAAAUCUGGGACACGGCCGGUCAGGAGCGCUACCACAGCCUGGCCCCGAUGUACUACAGAGGAGCACAGGCCGCCAUCGUGGUCUACGACAUCACUAACGAGGAGUCUUUUGCACGAGCAAAGAACUGGGUGAAGGAGCUGCAGAGACAAGCCAGCCCGCACAUAGUCAUCGCUCUGUCGGGCAACAAGGCCGACUUGGCCUCCAAGAGAGCCGUCGACUUCCAGGACGCCCAGUCCUACGCCGAUGACAACAGCUUACUUUUCAUGGAGACGUCGGCCAAGACGUCCAUGAAUGUCAACGAAAUUUUUAUGGCUAUUGCCAAGCGGUUGCCAAAGACGGAGCCACAGGCCGCCGGUGCCAACAGCGCUCGUAAAGGUGGCGUGGACCUGACUGAGACCGCCCAGCCCGCCAAGGCCCCCUGCUGCAGUACCUAGGACACGCCCCCCACGUCCCUUCCCCCCAACGCCCUCCUCCUCUCCGCCCGACCACCAACACAUAGCUGUAACCUAAGGCGGGCGACACAAGAUAAGCUGGCCUGAUUUGUUUAUAAUCACAACAUAUCACCAUGGUAACGUAUACUGACAGCGAUGAAGAGCUCCACCUGGUGGCCAAUGAAAUGUCCUGCAGGUGGAGACUGGCGUUGAGGUUCCCUGUUGCAUCCAUUUAUCAUCAUGAAUUGUGUUAAUACGUGAUCGGGAAACCUAACCGGAGACGUAAGUGCACAUCUUAGAGGAAGUGCUCCCUUCCUCAACUACUGCCUUGCUAACAACUGUUUUUUUUUGUUGUUUUUUUUUAAUAUCACGUCCUGACCACUCCCGAGUGGUAAAAGAAAAGCAUUAAUUAGCACACGGGACUCGCACUACUGCCCCCUGGUGACGUCACGACAUACCUGCAGUGACCAAAAAGCAGCAGAAAGCCUUGGAAAAAAAAAAAGAAAAGUUGCCCCUUAAAAACGUGGCUUGUGCAAACUGUGCGUUUGGCCUCACACAGCACACUUCCUGUUCCUCCUUUUGCUGGCUUUGCACCCGGAAGUGAUGGUAUCCUUAAAAAAGUGGGGAGUUGCAAUAUGAAAAAGGUCGCUUUUGUUCUUUAUUAUUAUUAUUAUUAUUCGUCACCUUGGCUUGAUUAGGACGUGCUUUUAGACACGGGGGUGUGUCCAUUUUCUAUUUAUGUGUUUCACGCAAUUCCUUCCCUCUUAUCUGGAUUGUACACUUUUUACUCACGCCUUGCACUAAUGAUUCUUAUCAUUACGUCUUGUCAUGAUCACCGUGGGUGUGAUAUGAAUCGAUAUAUAAAUAUAUAUAUAUAUAUAUAUAAAUGAUAUACUGUACAUAGGGUGUUACUCGGCUUGAUUUGGCAGUGACUAAUGCUUUUGCUCGGGCAUUGUUGUGAAAAUCAUGUAAGAAAAACAAAAAGUAGGACACAGUUUGGGGGAUCCGGGUUCAAAUCUUGCGCCAUUUUUCUGUUACCACGUCCACAAAGCAUUCAAACUGGUCCAUACAGUGGGUCUGGGUCCGUUUUCGCCUCAUCCCUCACUGAAAGCGGGAGUGAAGAAUGCACGUCCAACCUGAAAGAGAGAGAGAUGAUAGAGUAUUAUCUACUCACAGAUGCUCCCUGGUGGUGGUUUGAGAACACUGCAGCUGGUCCCGGUUGAAAUAACCCACCUCCGCUCCGAGCUGACUCUUUGGACAACAUGAGUAAAUCAGGUUAGAGACCAGGGAUUUUACUCUCGCACAGCAAUUACCUAUAUGACCCAAUCCAAACAACCUUUCCCACUCACGGCGCAAAUAAAAUAGGGGGGGGGGGGGGGGGGUCAACAUUCACGGUCACACACAACACGACCUGCUCACUGAACUUUGUGGAUAUUAUUUAAAAAAAAACAUCCAAACACCAUAAAAAAUUCUACAUGACACCCAAUGCAUGAUGGGAAAAAUGCCAAACACUCCACAUUUGACGCAUUUUAGCUGCUUGAUAUUUCUGAUUGAUUACAAAACUUUAAGGAGGUCGUCACGGAAGUAAACAAGGUCGGAGUCCAACUUUCACAUACUCUUAAUAUCUAACUAUAUUAAUAUACAUGUAUAUAUACAUGUACACAUUUACUGUAUAUGUUUAUGCUCUAUAUAUAUAAAAAAUGUUGUCUAAUACGGCCCCUAAGUCAAAAGGUUUGGACAUCCCUGCCUUAAUGCUUUAGUCACACGCAGGAUUCUCACAGGAAUGAGGCAAAAACUAACCCAGCCCCUCUGUAGGUGUGAACAUACAGGUGCAUGUCAAUAAACGAUAUAGAGAAGACGCUGCGGUUCAUGUAUUAACAAGCUAAAACAAAAACAAGAUGAACUGUCUUUUUGGUGCCCUCACCAUCGAUCAGAAAUCACAACAACCCUUAACGUUAACAACCAUACUGCUACAAUAAUAAACAUUUGAAAAAGUCAACUCCACCGACAGUACGUCGACAUUUGGGGCGGCAUGGCGUAGUGGGUAGAGCGCCCGUGUCAGAAACCUGAGGGUUGCAGGUUCGCACCCCGCCUCUUACCAUGCCGUUGUGUCCUUGGGCAGGACACUUCACCCUUUCCCCCGGUGCCGCUCACACCGGUGAAUGAAUGAUAGGUGGUGGUCGGAGGGGCCGUAGGCGCAAAUUGGCAGCCACGCUUCCGUCAGACUACCCCAGGGCAGCUGUGGCUACGAAAGUAGCUUACCACCACCAGGUGUGAAUGAAUGAUGGGUUUUUAACAUGUAAAGCGACUUUGGGUACUUAGAAAAGCGCUAUAUAAAUCCCAGGUAUUAUUAUUAUUAUUAUUAUUGGCAAAUGAGCAGCUGACAAGAGGACAGAAGGUGGGGGAAGGGGCCGUUUGUGUGUGUUCUCGGAAGAGGCGCCGCUGAACGAGUGAUAAUCUUCUCAUACAAGUCCGCUUUGGUAUCUUUUUUUUUCCCACCAAAGUCUGUUCGGGAUAGCAUCUUAAAAGUUCACAAACCAAAAAGUUUGUAAAUCAAGUCCACUGUAGUUUAGUUACUGAAUCGCUGCAAGUUAUAAUAAUCACCAAAAAUGAACAGGUACAUAUUUCAAGUACUUACGUACAAACUGCAUGAAUUACUUUUGCAGUGAUUUAUUGAGACGCACCUGUAUGAGUCACACAGCUGGGGUAGGCUCCAGCCCACCCGGGACCCCAAUAGGCAAAAUAGAUAACAUUGUUGACGCAAGUGGUGAAAUUAGGAAUGUCGUUUAGUAACGCUCUGAUGACUUGUAGUUGUUGUCCUUCUCACCCCUUCUCUCUGGGGAAGCUCCACAGGAGACAAAAGUACAGGUGGGUAACAAUGAAGAAGCAUCAUCAUAGGAAAGUCCCUUGUAUGCUUUUUGUUGUUCUUCAGGUAUACAAAUACAUUUAGCUAAAAAAAAAUAAAACACAAUCUGCGAUGAUUUUACAGUGCUGUUAUGUAAUGAGCUAAUAAAUACUGGAAUACAUGUAUUGUUUGUUAUUCGAACAUUUACAACUGCCGUGUACACAUUUUUAGCGGCCUGAGGCACAUUCUGAAAAAUACUGUUACAAAAAAACACAAAGUGGAAUAAAAGAUCAAAAGCAUGUUAUAUGUAAGGACAAAACGUUGCAAUGGUGACUCUAAUGACACAAAGCUGCCAUUUUUUCUCAAAUAACGCAUCAAAAUCAAUGUUAGAAAUUAUUGACAUAUUUAAGACUCCCGAUUACUUCACAUUAAAAUUCCCACUCGGAAAUAUUUUUGGGGAAAAUAUUUCAUAUUUUGUGUGUUGCCAUAAAAACAGGGGCAUUAAUUUAAACACACAAAAAAAUACAAAAACAUAAUACAUUUUUUUAUAAUUGACGGAUAGAUCUGGGGCCGUACUUAUCAAGCUUCUUAGAGUGCCAUUUUACACUUAAGUCCUGAGAAUUUGCGAAAUUUAGUCCUACUCUCAAACUUAAGAAUAAAAGCUUU